UUGUUAAAAUUUAAAAACCAGCUUACAUUAAUUGUUCAUGUAAACAAAAAUUCACAAGAAGCAUAAAUGUUACAGAAGAGUGGUAGUACCUUGUAAUAAACAUUCAUAGCUACGUAUUCAUGCGCGUUGUAAUCAGUUAGUAACUGAUGCCGUAGCCAUAGACACCGAAGCCGCAACCACUCAACAACAAAGAAGGUGAAUAUUGCUUCACGUAUAUAUAUUCCCAUAAUGUGUGGUUUAAGCAUGCAUCCGCGUUUGUGUGUCUCCGAUGUCGUCUUUGUCACGUGUUUCUGUGUGAUAAUUGUGUUUGAUUGAUGUUAACCUCUGCAGUUUAUGAAGGUAUACAGAAGAACCACUGUGCGAUGUAAUAUUAAGAUGGCGGUGUUGUUUUAGCAAGUGGUAUUGUUUUUACAUGAAAUUCCUUCGUGUCGCGUACCAUUGUCGUUUUGGAUGUUCUUUAUAUAUAACGGUGAUGUGAUAGUUUAUAACAGCAUUCUGGGUGCGAAGAAGGUGACCAUCGCAUUGGCACGAAAGGGGAGAGUCAGAACGAGAGGAACUGACAGUGGUGGGCUUGUUGCCAUGGCAACGGCACAGCCAACAUUCAGUAUGGCCACUGCAGCAUCCACAGCAGCGGCAACAACAGCAGCGACAGCCUCACCUUCUGAUUUGGUGGGAGGAGUGGUUGGAGGAGGUGGUAGUAGUGGGGGAGGAGGGAAUCAACAAGGGCAGCAGGGAGCCAGUCCUGUCGCAACUGUCACAGUUGUUACCAGUCCUCCAAGUCAGCAGCAAACCUCUCAGCAGGCAAUUGUCUCAGCAAAUUCGGUCUCCAUUACUGCAGUCACUCAUCAUACUCUCCAGCAGAACGGUAGUGUGGAUGGUUCGUUGGACAGCCCAGGUGAUUCAUCCAAUGGUGGUGGUGCUUCAAACGGAUCAACAGCACAAGUGACGGCUCAAGUAGUUGUGAGUAGUGAAACUGCAGCAGUGAAUGCCGGAAGUUCCGAACAGAACGGAUCUGCAGGAUCAAAUCAGACUGCCGGAACUACAACCAUUGUGGGAUCUCCACAUUACAUCACAGUCACAGUUACUGACUCAGACGCAGUGGGGUCAGACGCAGUGGCUGCACAGGGGGUGCACCCCACUUAUGUGCAGUAUGUAGAGGGCUCAGCAGACCAGGCCAUCUAUGCCUCCUCCAAUGGACAGAUAUCGUACCCAGUGUACACAGUGGGGGAAACUGGGACUAUGUACACCGCAGCAUCUGGCCAAUACUACUCUGGUAACACCACUGCAGUUACGUAUAGUCAGGUGGCAAGUAACUUGACACAAGGAGCCACUGCAGGCCAGCUGCUUGCUCAGGGGAAUGGUGCCUACCUCAUUCAACAAGGAGUUGAUCCAGAUACUGCCCAUACCCUCAUUGCAGCACAAAGAGCUAGCCCACAGACAGUAACAGCUGAUGCUGGCGGGGUGGCGUAUGUGGUCCCAGGGAAUACAGCUACUAACCCUUCUUCUCUGGAUGGUGAUGGGCAUCCUAACCUCUCACACACCACCCGCAUUUCGCCGGCCACCGUUCAAUGGUUGAUGCAAAACUAUGAAGUAGCUGAGGGUGUGAGCCUUCCUCGUUCUACACUGUACAACCAUUACCUCCGUCAUUGCAACGAAAACAAAUUAGAUCCUGUUAAUGCAGCAUCAUUUGGGAAGCUCAUCCGUUCUGUUUUUCUUGGCCUGAGAACCAGAAGACUUGGUACAAGGGGUAAUUCCAAAUAUCAUUAUUAUGGCAUCCGUGUAAUUCCUGGAUCAGCAUUAAAUCAGCUGUCAGAAGAUGGGAGCUCAGCCGUUCGCCAACAGUCAUCAUCACAGAAACGCUACAAAUUCCUAUCUGGCUCAGGUGGAAGUGGGAAUGGUGCUCAGAAAAUAGAAAACCAGUAUGAGCAAAAUACCAACCAUUCAGCCAACUCUAAUCAUUCCAAUUCAUCACCACAGCAUCCUCAUCACCACCAGUACCUAGGUGAUGGAUCAGGGGCAAUACCUGACUUUCCAGAUAUAGACUUUCCUCCAGGACUUGCCUUACCUGAGGACUGCACAUUGGAAGAUGUGGACACAUUUCGUAGUAUCUACAGAGAACAUUGUGAGGCAUUCCUGGAUGCGGUUGUGAACCUGGAAUUCCAGACUGUUGAGAGCUUGUGGAGAGAAUUCUGGCGAAGCCAGGACAACAACAACGGUGAUGAAUGUGAAGAGGAGAAGUACUUGUCCAAAACAAAGCUGUAUCUUUUAUGCAAGUGUGGGCCAGUUCAACAGUUUGUCCGGCGUGUGGAUUACCUGUUUUAUCAGAAUCUAGUCGAAGUCCUCAUUCCAGAUGUUCUUAGGCCAAUUCCAAGUUCAUUAACACAAGCAAUUCGCAACUUUGCAAAGGGACUGGAAUCGUGGUUAACAGGUGCCAUGACAGACUGUCCUGAGGAAAUGAUGCACAUCAAAGUGUCAGCUGUGGGCGCCUUGGCACAGACUUUACGACGCUACACCUCAUUAAACCAUCUGGCUCAAGCUGCACGCGCUGUCCUUCAGAACUCCUCACAGAUAGACCAGAUGCUGGUUGACCUCAAUCGAGUUGACUUCCGCAAUGUGCAGGAACAGGCAUCAUGGGUGUGUCAGUGUGAUGAUAGCAUUGUACAACAACUGGAAGCAGAUUUCAAAAAGACACUACAUCAGCAGAAUUCUUUGGAGCAGUGGGCAGCCUGGCUGAAGGGUGUCGUUACCCAAGUACUGAAGCCAUAUGAAGGGAAACCCAACUUUGCCAAGGCUGCUAGACAGUUCUUACUCAAAUGGUCAUUUUACAGCUCAAUGGUCAUAAGGGACCUAACCCUCCGAAGUGCAGCAAGCUUUGGCUCCUUUCACCUGAUCCGUCUACUAUAUGACGAGUACAUGUUCUUCCUGAUUGAGCACCAAGUUGCUCUGGAGACAGGGGAGACACCUAUUGCAGUCAUGGGAGAGAAAUACAAUAACAAUCCGUCCAGUGUGAGUGACUUUAUCCAACCAGGCUCCUGUAAUGGGGGUGUGUCUCUUACAAUGGGAGUUCCUGUCUCUGUAGGAGGGAAGAUGGCUCCCACAACCCUAGUUGUUGGAACGAAUGAAGUUAGCCACCAUCCAGUGGCCACAAAGCGCUUCAAGAUCAGCUAACAACUGCAUUAAUUCUAGUCAGGGGGAGAUGAAAAUAUACUGUGUCAUACCUCAAAUUUCAUCUUGCCAUCAUAUGCCAUAUUUACCUGAAGCUUAGAGCAACAGCUUGUGGAAUGUAAUUGAGUAUAGCAGAAUGCUGCACAAGGUAGGGGACCAUCUAUGCACCUGGCAUCUUUUGAAAUUACAACAUAGCAUAUUAACUGAAUCAUAAAAAGAAACUGGGGUGUAAAUGAAAGCUUGGUGAUGAAACAUGAAGAAGAAUAUAUAUUUGUCAAAGUAAAUGUUGCAAUUAAAUUUGAAUAUCUGUGAGAGACAAAAGAAAGGAAAUAUUUUACUUAAAAUCAAGAUAAUUGAAACAAGUUGUUUAUGUUUCUAGUUAGGACUAGACAGGGCAUUUAUAAAGCUAUUUUGUUAUAAGGUGUAGUGCAGUUUUUUUGGUUUCAUGGUGCUGUAGAAAUAUUUGCUAAUAUUGUACUGUAUAUCCCACCAAGUAUUGGAGGUUCUGUUAUGUGUGUAAAUAAGUAUACAGCCCCUCCUCUGUGGCAGAUAUUGGAAGGAUAAUAUGCCAUUACAGUUUUUCUUUCAACUUACAGUACAUGUCCUUCCAGCAGCAUGUUAAUAAGUACUUAAUACAUGAUUUAUGAAAGGUGACAUUUUGCACAUUUCCCAUUAUUGUUGUGCCUCAAAGUUUGAAAUUUGUCUAGUGUUUUGAUAAUGCAAUGGGUGCCAAUAUUCAGACUAUAAUGCAGUAUGCAUUAGUAUAACAUAACUUAUUGCACUUCUAAUUUUAGAUGUUGUGUGAACAAAUUUUCAUACUUUCAAGCUUGUUGAAAGUAUUAUUGAUUCAUGUUAUGGAAUGGAAAAAUUCAUUCACUUUUUUUUAUUGUUCUACACAAGUUUUUUUUUUUUUUUUUCCCCCAGGCUGAAUGCACUUACAGUUCUUAAAGAUAAGAUUUUCCUUGUGCACUUAAUAUACCAGUGGAGGGUAUCUUUUUCUUUAAGAACAGUUUUGUAUAAUUCAUAGUGCAAGAUAUGGCACUGCUUAAAUUUAAAUCGAAGUAAAUGUGUGAUUCAUAAUAAUGCUCUCUGUUUUGUAAUCAGCAUCACUACUAUGUGUUUUUGUGUUGUGUGGCAUUACAUCAGAACAGCACCAUGUUGCCAAACAACUACAAUAUAAUAUAAAAGAAGAGUUACUAUUGUGUUCUCAGCAGAAUGUUGAUGAGCUUAUUCAAAAAAUGAAGAGUUAGGCACAUUCACACCAAAAUCUUGAUCGAGCAAGAAUUUAUACAAUUGACUAAAAAACAUAUUCUUCCUGCUGCAUUUUUGCUCAAGAUUCCAUCCAUCCAUAAAAUAAAUUAUUCUUUUUAAUUGUUAAUUAUAAUGGAGAAGAAAUGAAAGGGAUCUGAAUAUGUAGGAUUCGGAUACAUUCCGUAAAAUACAAUACAAGUACAAUAUUAGUUUUGUUAAUGAUAUUGAUAACUCAUGUUUGUUAAUAAUAAAGCAUGGUGACACUCUUGAAUUUUCGCAACUUCCCCUCAAGGCUUGUAAAAUUAGAAUUGUAGAUUCAGUAUAAUGACUCUUCUGCAUAUUCAGAAUCAUGUAGGGGCUUCACGUAGCUAAUGAAACCAUAUUUGCAAUUGGAACAUUCUUAUUUAUUAUGAUUGUCUGUUUUGUGGCUUUUGUAAAUUUACAUAUGAGAAAUAUUGUAUUGUGUGUGUAUGUAAAUGAUGUAAAUAUUGUUUUUUUUGGAAAUUACAAGUAGGCAUAUGCAGGAAUAACUUCUUCAGUUCAAGAUGAGCUAGAGAUGAGAAUUGAGACAACAGGGAUUUUCUCUAUUAGAUCAGUUAUGUCACUGUAAUCACAGUUUCUAACACUAGCCACUUUUUGACAGUGCACAGAAGUGUAGCCUUUUCAUAUCAGUUAUCUUUCAGUGAAAAAUCUUCAAGAAUUGAUGUAAUUAAAAAUUUGCAUCUGUGACCAUGUCCAUUUUCACCUUUGGCAGAAAGAGGGCAAGAGAUAGAUUUUGCUGACAAGUUAGUCUGUGCUGACAUUGCCAACAAUUGUGUUAUUAGUAGGGUAAGAUAGUUUGCUUACUGCUGCACAAAGGAAAAGCACUUGCCUGAAAAUCCUUGUAGGUCAAGACUGAAAAAUCAACUUUUGAAUCAAGAUUGAGAAUUUUUCUUGAUUUCAACUUGAAAAUUUGAUUCAUGCAAAUGCCUAACUACAAAGUAGUACAUGUUCUUACAGAAAAAUUCAAUGUGGUCAUCAUGCUGGUAUCCUGUAUGAAUGUUCUACCAUCAUUCGUUUGCUUAGACAGUAAGUUCCCAACAUGUCAAGGUCAUGAUCGAUGUGUGAUCAUCAAAUUAUUUUCCUACAGAAAUUGUUGUUUUUGGCCUAAGAAUGUCAUCAACAACCUACCUCUUUUUUUCUGAGUGUAAUGAGUUAAACUUGUAAUUGAAUUUCUGUGCUAGCCCUUAGAUAUUUUUUGUGAACUCACCUACAGUUGUAGAUGUUAUGUUUGCCACAUACUAAUGUGUGAAGAAAGUUAAUGCGGAAAAUUUUGUUUUUAGUUUUAAAUGUGAGUUAAACCCCCCCCCCCCAUGGUACAUGAUUCCCCUACUGUUACUACAGUCUUAUCUG